AUGUCUAUCAACGAUAGUGAUUCCAUUACCCUCAAGAGCUCCGGCACUGGUCGGACAGAAGUUGCUAGCGAGGAAGAGGCAGAAUUUCUUAGGCUCUGUCCGACCGCCGUCGAGAUCGUGAGGAGCGGGAACGGCAGCAAUCUUUCCUUGCCGAGCCUGCAGAAACCCAGAUGUAGAACUUUUUGGCCCUUUUACAAGACCGACCAAAAGCUCAACGCCAAUUUAGAGGAGAUGUGGCCAGCACUUCACGAAUUCAAAGAGGGGCAGCGAGCGCGUUCCAUAGAAAGGCGAAAGAAGCCAGACCGCAAGGCCUUCAUAAUGACAAACAUGGCCCGAGAGGCAUUGGAAAAAGGCGUGCCGGUGCGCCAAGAUGCCAUACGAUGCAUACGACUGGAUCCAGACGUUUUGCCCCUUUUCCACCCCCAGCUUCUGGAAAUCUCGAAGACACAUUGGGCGAGCUUUGUAAAGCAAGCCAAUUGGUGCUGCGUAGGAAUUGAACCUAUGAAUUUGAAAGAGGACAUGAAAUUCAGGUAG